UGAAAUCGAAGUCUCUGGUCCUCGUCUUCGUCUCUUCAUUCGUGCUUCUCUUCUUCGAUUCAUGGCCUCGGAUCGAAACCCUAGCUUCCCCAACUUCUCCUUCUUCUUGCAAGGCAUGGCUCGUCCAAUCCAUUCCCACUGACAUGCCCCAUCUCCGUCUCGUCCCCGGCGUUCUCUCCUCUGGGGAUGUGCUUCGGUGGAUGGCAGGGAAUGCGAGCCGGAAGCUGGACAUUGUGGCGCAGUACUGGGAGUUGCUUGCCCAGCCGGAUGAUACUAGGUCUGGAGACUUUGGGUACUCGGCGGAUGAUAUUGAGAGGUUUGGAGCUGGCGUUGGUCGGAGUGUCUACCGGGCUUUGGAGGAUGCGGCCGACAGGAUGGUGGAUAUCAGGAUUUUGCAGCAUUCUGGAGUCUAUCCUGACUACACAAAAGAGUCAUCUGCUCUUGCUUCUGGAAGAUCAAAUGUGCAGAAUGUGACCUUAGAACUUGGUGAUUGGUGGGGAUCUGGUAUUGUCCAUGCAAAAGUUUGGAUAUCUGAUGUUAAAGAUAUUUAUAUUGGAUCUGCAAACAAUGAUUGGAAAUCACUAACCCAGGUAAAAGAAGUUGGGAUCUACCUUACUGGUUGUUCUCCGAUAGCCAAUAAAUUGGAGAUCUACUUUGACAAUUUGUGGAAGCUUGCAACUCUUGAUCCAACAGGCUUCACAAGGACAGUCUGGGAUGAGCAGUGGCAAGCUAAUAGAACUGUCCCUUGCUGGUCUCACUUCAUCCAUUACAGACAAAGAUGCAGGUCACCUCUUCCUCAUUAUGUUGAGGUCCCACAUGUAACUGGAUAUCCAAUACUAUCAGAUCCUUUCAUGUUCCGCAUACCACUCGAGACUCCUGGAUGCAACUCUUCCACUUUAAUUCAAUAUCCAAGCUAUCUCUCAUUUGCUCCACCAGAGCUGCUAUUUGGGAAGUUCCUGGCUGAUGAACAGGCAUGGUUGGAUACUAUAAAAUCUGUAAAACUGGGAGGAACUAUCAGAAUGAGUUCUAUGGAUUGGCUUGGGCAGUCACAGUAUCUAAAACAAACUGUCUUCUGGUCAUCCCUCUCAUCUGCAAUAUCAGAGGUCAUCUUCUCCAAAAAUGCAUCAGUGAAGAUACUAGUGGCCUAUUGGGCGCAUAACAUUGAGAACACCGAUCAGUAUCUCAAGUCUCUUCUAUACUCCAAUGUUCUAUGUUCAUCUUCCAAGUAUAACAAUUGUGGCGGCAAAGUCCAAAUCAAGUAUUACAAGGUCCCAGGGUACAACAAGACCGGCCCUGCUAAAAGCCAUGGAAAUCUUACCGGAAAUGUUUACCCUGGAUAUACUCGCGUUAACCAUGGCAAGUAUGCAGUUAGUGAUGUACGCGCACAUAUUGGAACAAGCAAUCUUGUAUGGGAUUAUUUCUACACCACAGCAGGUGUAAGUUUCGGGACAUACAAUCCUGUCAUCGUUUCGCAGUUACAAGAUAUCUUCGAAGCAGAUUGGACUUCACCAUAUGCAGUUCAAGUUGAGCCAUUACAAGGAUCUUGAGAUUUCAGACAUUUUCUUCUGAGGACAUGGAAAUUUGCAGCAUUGCAGAAGAAUUGGAUUCAUUGACAAAAGAAAAUUUUAUUAAGUAUUUUUAAUAUUGGUAUGGAUUUGGAAUUAUAAUAUUAUCUAAAGAAAACAAAAAAUGUUGACCUAAAAUC